AGCUAUGGAUCUUCUCAAAGUUCCCAAAGCUUUUUCCCUAGCCAAGAACAUUUUGGAUGAUUUUCCGGCAGCGGUGUGAUUGUAGGCAACUUUGGAUUUAUUUUUGAAGAUGCUCAGAGGCAGACAGUUUGGAUGCACCUUCUUGCAUCCCUUAUUUUACUACAGUUUCAUGCACGGAAGUCUCUUCCGUAAAAUUAAAAGUUGCGUCAGCUUCAAACAUGGAAUCUUUGGUCAGAAGUUGGAAGAGACGGUUCGAUAUGAACGUCGUUAUGGCAACAAGAUGGCGCCCAUGCUGGUGGAGCAGUGUGUGGACUUCAUCCGCCACUGGGGUUUACGAGAAGAAGGGCUCUUCCGUUUGCCCGGACAAGCCAACCUCGUCAAAGAGCUUCAGGAUGCUUUCGACUGUGGAGAGAAGCCGUCUUUUGAUUGUAACACAGACGUUCACACCGUGGCAUCAUUGUUGAAGCUGUAUUUAAGAGAGCUGCCUGAGCCGGUCAUCCCGUUCUGUAAAUACGAAGAGUUUCUGGCCUGCACCAAACUCCUCAGUAAAGACCUGGAUGCAGGAAUGAAGGAAUUAAGAAGGCAAGUAGAAGGUCUACCUACGGUAAACUACAAUCUGCUUAAAUACAUAUGCAAAUUUUUGGAUGAAGUUCAGUCCUACUCCGGUGUGAAUAAAAUGAGUGUACAGAACCUGGCUACAGUCUUUGGGCCAAAUAUUCUGAGGCCAAAGUUUGAGGACCCAGUGACUAUAAUGGAAGGCACAGUACUGGUCCAGCAGCUGAUGGCCGUUCUGAUUGGUCAGCAUGAUGUUCUUUUCCCACCCGAUGAGGACCAUACUAGCACCCCGGAAAUGGUUAAUAAUAACAAUAAUGAGACGCAGAAACGGCCUACGAAUGGCCAGCUACAAAACAAAGAGAACAAUAACACCAGUGGUGUGCGACAGUGCACUUGGGACGCACCCGAAUCACCCAGCCGGGCUCCUCUGGACAACGGCUCUCCCCGUUCGGGCAGCCCGCGUAAUGGUUUUACAGGACAGCAUUUCGAGGUGGCCCGCAGUCCGCCACUAGCAGUGAAAAAGAACCCAGCGUUUAGCAAAGGGAGCGGGAUUGUCACCAACGGAUCGUUCAGCUCGUCAACGUCAUCCUCAGGUGAUGCCAAUCUGGAGAAAAGUCAGGCUCUUCCAAACAUGGGAACCCUUCAUGCCCGUCGGACGGGUGUGAUAAAAGGCUCGGGCACCAAAAUGGGCGUCCAGAAUGGCAUCGUUCGGAUGGGCGUAUCCAGCACGGACGUGACGAAUGGGACUCUAAAUGGACGGAAUGGACUCUGGGUGCCCAACGGUCACGUCACGAUGCGUGAGGCUAAAAGUCGAGACGCCGAGCACCAGCAGAACCGCCUGUCCACGUACGACAACGUCCACAUCCAUCAACAGCAGACCACGCAGCCCAGUCUGAGCAGCAGCUGUGAGGACAAACAGAGCGUGGAUAGCGCCACAUGGUCCACCUCGUCUUGCGAGAUCUCCCUACCCGGAAACUUGACUUCUUGCCGCUCCUCCACAACCACGUGCCCAGAGCAGGACUUCUUUGGCAACAACUUUGAGGAUCCUUUGUUGGAUGGGCCAGUACAGGAGGACAACGGACCGGUGGUGGACGAUAGGGAGCAGCGGACCAGUAACGGAGGAGGCCCGGGAAGCAGAGGAACCAGCAGCAGCGAUAACAGCGAAACGUUUGCCGUCACAAAUGGACCGACCAACCACAGUGCACUGCAUAGCCUGGUGGCCAGUCUCAAACAGGAAAUGCUCAAGCAGAAGAAUGAAUACGAGGCCAGGAUUAAGAGUCUGGAACUUCGGAAUCUAGAGUUGGAGACGGUGAUGGCGAAUCUACACGAAGAGCUUGACCAGGAGAAGAAGAAAUACACCAUGGUGGAGAUUAAGCUGAGAAACGCAGAGCGAGCCAAGGACGAUGCGGAAAAGAGAAACGAGAUGUUGCAGAAAGAGAUGGAGCAGUUCUUUUCCACCUUCGGAGACCUGACCGCAGACCCGCGACGGCCCGACAGAGCCAACACCAUCUGGAUCCAGUGAGCCGUUAACAGUCUACCAUUAACAUUUCUCAAUGACCAGUCGUGUUACAUUGUAUAGGCUUGUGUUCAGACAGAACGUGACUAAAUCAACCUUCACGGCAUCUUUGCAUGUUUGGUGCAAAGGUUCGACACGGCUGAGUGAAGCCCAUUGAGCCAAAAUUUUCAGAACCGAACGUGGACCAGUUGUUGGAUUGAACCUGUUGGAUCAUAAAAAGGGGUGAUGGGAUGAUGCAGCUUGGAUGUUAAGGUGAGAUGAUCAUCAAACCGAAAAGAAGGUGAUUCUGACUCUUAUGACCUGAGAGUGAACUGUAAGAGGAACUCUUGAUGAUUGUGGUUGAAUGUGACAGAGUGAAUUAAUUACAUGAAUGAACAUUGAGUUUUAGAUGAUGGGAAACUCCUGAAGGAUGACAGAAGCACGAAUGU